AUGGCAAGCGAUGCUGCUGCGAAGCCUGAAAGAAGAAUCGCUUGUUGCAUUGGAAACGGUUCGUAUAGUCACCAAUCCAAUCGACUACAACAAUCAGCGAACAACGCAAAUGAUUUGGGUACGUUAUUCAAAACGCUUGGUUUUGAUGUUACUACAAUUAUUAAUGGAAAUCGUGAGAGACUUUCUCAAGCGAUCAAAACGUUGACUCAAAAUGUGAAACAGGGUGAUCUGAUCAUAUUCUAUUAUUGUGGCCAAACCUAUCAAGUCAAUGGUAUCGACUAUCUUAUACAUGUGGAUGAUGAACAAUUGAAUUCUGAAUCAGAUGUGGCAAGUAGUGCUUUGAACACUCAGGAAAUUUUGAAUCUUCUAUCAGAAACUGGCAAACAUUUUGCAAUCAUUCUGGUUGUGGAUUCUUCAAAAAUAUACCAACUAGGUAAUGCGCGUGAAUCGAAGAGCAAAGCUGAUGUUCCCUCUUCUCGAGGCAUUCGAAAAGUUAAUCUACCACAUGAAACAAUCGUUCAAUUUGCUUGCGAUGUUGACCAAAUGGUAAAUGUUAUCACUCACAACGAUCGGAAUACAUUAUAUACAAAAAUUUUGUUACAAUACAUGGCCAAGCAAUAUGUGCAUGUGAAGGAUAUUUUCAAGUAUAUAGAAAAUGAUGUGUAUCAACAGACCAAUCGUCAACAACGGCCAUCAUCUGCGAAUCGAUUGUCGAAAGGUUUGCAAGUGUUUUUGAACUAUGGGAUUGUAGUACCAAAGUUACGUAUUGAAGAAUUCCUAUCAGAUGCAAAGUUGGCAGACGAGGAAGAAGCGUAUUAUAGUGAAUGCAGAGAAUAUUACAAGUUAACAAAGGAACCGUUAGUUUGCAUUUCUGAUGAAGUACUUGCCAGUGAUAGUUCGUACUCAUGCACGACGCUCAAAUUAGCCGUUGAUGUAAAUUGUUAUCAGUUGGAAUUAGGAACUUUCUUCGAUAAAUUUUGUGAAACAAUCGGCUUACCCCGAGAGUUUUUAACACUAAAACGAGUACAAAAAGGAUCGGCUAUUCUCGAAACGGAAAUUGCAGAUAAAUCCAAACCGAAUGGUUUGAAAGUCAAACUGAAAAUGAUCUACAAGUCUCUGACGGAAAAGAUGCGUCAAGAACUUGCUAAAAUCAAAAUCUUCUUUCUAUUCAUGGGCUCAGUUGAGUCUUUGGGAAAAGUUCAAAAGUUUCGUUCAGAAAUCAAAAUGAAUCCACAAUACAAUAGAGUCUAUACUCAAGGUCGUGCUUUUUGGGCUGGUCCAACUCCUGAUCGCUUAGAUCGUGGUGGAAAUCCCUAUUUUUGUCCCGUUGGAUGGAAACGAUGGUCUUUUUAUGUGACAGAAAAAUUUUAUGAUAAAUUCAAAGGAUGGUCUAUUUGUUACCAUGGAACAAAGUUUUCGUACGGCUUGGCGAUCUUACUCAGUGGCUUGAAACCAGCCGAGAGGGUAGCACUUGGUCAAGGAAUAUAUACAACACCAUCUAUUAACUAUGCCUGCCAUCCACGAUAUGCAGAAGUGAAAUUAAUCGAAUCAUCGACAAAUAAUACUUUCUUUAAAAGUGGCAAAUAUGUUCAGUUCGUGCUCGAAUGUCGUGUCCAUCCCAGUAAUAUAAUUCUCAAAGGACCUGAAACAUUGAAUGCAACAAAAUUCAAUACUACUAUCGAUAAUAACAUCAGUAAUGACACUAUCGAAUGGUUAAUUAAUAACCAAGGUUUGGAACUAGUCGACUUUAACGAUCCAAAUGCUUCGAUCAUUUGUACAGGAAUUAUGGUUCGAGUGACAGACAAUCAUCCUGCUCUUUUACCACAGUCACAAUGGUGGCACCACGCACAUUUAUGUGAUUACAGCAAAUGUUGUAUGUUUGCCAUAGACAGAAAAACUUUACAGGCGCUUUACGAGAAAGGUGAUCAAUGUAAUAUCAUGUAUGAUUAG